CAUCUGCGUGAAGGGGAUCACACACACACACACACACACACACCAACAUAUCAGCUGCUUUUCUUUUUUAAAACGCUCUCUCCUCCUCCAUCCUCAACACGACCCGGGCUCAGGACUCAGCAUGGUGGCACAGUGGAGUCCAUGAGAAGUCUGCAGGAAUGCGGAUAUCUUGAGGCUGGCGUUACUAAAUCCUCUUCAUGUUGCUGCUGUCAGCGAAAGCUCGGGCAUUGACUCUGAUGGCAUCACAGGUUUCUGCACAUAUCUGAAACAGCCCCUGGGCACCAGAGGGCUUCAGGCUUCAGCAGAGAGACCAGGGUUCCCAGAGUCCCAUGUGAAUGAGAUCAUCAUGAGGGUCCCUAAACGCUGGCUGGCUAACAGGCGUGUGUUGGCGCUGUGCGUGGCUUUAGGUUUGGUGUGUUUCGCCAUGGUCACCCUCCCGCACACUGUGACCGACGCAACGAAACCUCUGGACUGGCACGUCGACCCUGCACAUAAAAAGAAGGUGCAUGAGCAUGUGCACAGAGUUCUGGAGGGCCCGUGUCAACCCGGCAGCGCCAGACAGAGCUUGUUAGCCCGGCUUCCUGCUUCGAGUCGCAGCACCCAGCCCUUCCUGUGGAAAGACGUCCCACUUCCUGUUGACCUCUUCCUGUAUCCACCGCCGUUUGGGUUCAAAGGUCUUCAGGAUAAAAUCGAAGAGCUGCUGAAGCAGCUGCCAGCCUCUGACUCUGCACCCGAGCUGGGAAACCGAUCCGAUAAAUGUCAGCGCUGUGUGGUCGUGGGAAAUGGAGGCAUUCUCCGAGGGCUGGAGCUGGGCCCACUGAUCGAUAGUUUUGACACCAUCAUCAGGUUAAACAGCGGCCCUCUGGGAGAGUUCAGCGUGGACGUUGGAAAUCGAACCAGCAUCAGGAUGAGUUACCCCGAGGGCACGCCGCACUACUGGGUUGACACGGACCCGCACACUCUGUUUGUGUCUGUGGUGUAUAAAAGUGUAGACAUCAGCUGGAUCUCUGCUAUGAUCAAGAAGCUCGCUGUGCCUCUGUGGGACUGGUUCUUCUUCUGGAAGAAGGUUCCAGAUCAAAUCCCGCUCGAGCCCGACAAAUUCAGACUCCUAAACCCGCUUGUCCUCAAAGAGACUGCACUGUACCUACUGAAAUACCCUCCACCCAGGAGACGCCUGUGGGGCACGGACCAGAAUGUGCCCACCAUAGGUGUCACUGCACUCAAUCUAGCCAGUCUGCUGUGUGACAACGUCAGCCUGGCAGGCUUCGGCUAUAACUUCUCCCAGCAGGGGGCGCCGCUUCACUACUACGGCCACCUAUCCAUGGACGCCAUGAUGAAGGAGACGACGCACAAUGUGGACAAGGAGACAGAACUCUUACAAAGACUGGCCGCAGAGGGAGCCAUCACUGACCUGACGGGAGGGAUCCACUGCUCCUUCUGCUCCAGCUGAGCCGGACAUAUCCGUAAUAAAGUAAUAAAUUCACAAGUAAUAAAGUACUUUGCACCAAAUGUAAAUGCAAGAAAACAAGUUGAAGAGGACUUGCAUGCAUGAGAAGAACAACCGAGAAAAUCAAGUCCAAUAUAUGAAAUGUUUGUCACAAAGUGAAACAAGCACAAAGCAAUAACAGACAAUAAGCAAUAUUACUGGGCUUCGAAAGUCCUUCAGUAUUUAUAUUUUAAAGUGAAUUAGCACAAUUCCUCUGCUGGCUGUGAAGGCAUUUUGUCCGCUCCCAAAUUGUAUGACAAAGUUAAAUAUAUUACAAUGCAUCUUGAAGAAGCACAGACAGACAAAAGAUCUAUAUUUAAAAUAAUGUGAAAUUGAAAUAAUCAGCAUCAGUCCAAGAUCUACUCAAGGGCUUUUUUUUUUUUUAAAGAAGGUUUCAAAUAGUUGAAACAUGUAAAUAUAUUUUCCUCACUUUCAUUUGUUUUAAAUGUCUUUUUAAAAAAAGGUGGUACUUGCAGACUAAUGUGACUCGAUGUUUACCUGCACGUCUCGUCAUUCCACAGCGCAUCAGCUCAAACUACUGAUUAGCAAUAUUCCACUUUUAGUUCUGUCUGUGGUUUGAGAGUGAUCCAGUUUAUUCUGUCGUCUUCCACAAUCUGUGAAAAAGAAUGCACAAAUGUCUUACUUAUUUUUUAAAUAUUUUUAUGCACCAUUGUCAUUGUUGUUAAUGACGUUAACCAUCAACUCCUGUGUGGUUACCUGCUUUUUAAAAUCAUCAUCUUAAAGGUCGUCGAUUUAACGUUUUGUUCUUCCAGUAACCUUUUUAACAUGAAAAUAUUGAACAGCCAACACAUGUUACAUGGAAAACUGUGCAGGUGUAAAUAUGAAAAAACAACAAAAACAAAUGCUCAUUUUAAAGUUUGUUAACUUUUCAUUCUACAACACAGCAACAUGCAGGCUGUAGUUACAGUAUUUUCUGUUGCACACAAAACUAAAGAGGGCGCCACAGUCUGCACAGUUUUAACUGUAGCUGUGGAUUUACACCACUGAGCUCUUAAACGUGCACGUGCAGCCCUGUUUUAAUAUCCUCAGUCUGAUCGUGUCCAGCAGUGACCCUGUGAGUCAUCAGAGGAACAAUUGCACUUCUGCUUUUUCUUCAUGUCGCACUAAUAUGCAGAUAUAAUCACGGUUAUGGUUACUGACAGAUCAAAAUGUCGAUGCCACUUCAGUCGAUGUUCUUGUUGAAACACGAGCCAUUUUUUUUCAAAGUCACCUAAAUCUUUUCCUCUUGUCAUCAGUAUAAAAAUCUGAAUCUGAAUCAUUUUUCUACAUUUCACAGAUCAUGAUUGGAUGUUUUGGACUGUACCAUGCAGUAAAAUGAAUUUGCAUUUGUUAUUUACUCAAGUUUUUCCUUUUUAAUUUGUUGUAUUACACAGUGAUUGAGUGGUCUUAAUUUGCAUGUGAAUGACUUAUUGAAUUUGCCAUUACAAAUUGAUGUCUUACUUAUUAUGAGAUUGUUUUAAACGAUGAAGAUUUAAUUAUUUAAAUCCCUCAUUAAUAAACUAUUCUACACAAGUCACAGCUGCUACAGCUGUCAUUCGGCGCAUGUGGCAGCUGUAAAGCAGAAGUGAAAAGAUACAAAAGUUUAUUUUGUAAGUUUGAAAUUAAAGGUGCCAUCUGUCUUUUACUUGUUACAAGUAAAUGUGUUACAGCCACACUCUGGAUCACCAUCA